CAUGAGUGGCAUGGACAGCCACCAAGCCACCCUGUCAUGCCAUGUUGCGGCGGGCUGAGUGCUAGUUCCGAGCGAUGGCUUUGGAAACUGCACAGGACUUACCGUUGCCCCCUGGGGAUCCACCAGCAUCGCUGGGAGAAACUGCUGGACUUUCCAGACUCCGUGGUACACUUUUUGGAUAUGACUCCUCGACCACCCGAGCACCUUUCGCAUAUGGCUUGAUACGUGCUGACGAUGGUGAACUGCAUUUCUUUGCCCGUGCGCAUUUAGAGCGGGGUGUCAUUGCGGAGCUCUUGCAACCUGGAGCCCCAUUGGAGUUCUUUUCUCAGAAGUCUGAGCCUGACAUCCACUGGGCAUUCGGCGUGCGGAAGCCCAACGUUAUGGGCAUUGGCUGGGCUCGGCGACGCUCUGAGGCCAGCGGGCAGACGUCAAAGAUUGCCAAGACCAUCAAGAUGCCUCAAUCCAAAAGCAGAAGCCCAAAGAGGACUCUUCGAAGGCGUUGGGUGUCGCUGCUGGACUAUGUGGUUGCAGACGAUGUGGUGGUUUCAGACGACGGCACACCUGGAGAGGCCCAGAGCUCAAAGCCAGCUGUGCAUCCAGCUGUGCCAAGUUCAAAGCGCUGGAUAUCUUUGUGCUCGAGUGUGGAUAGCUCCGUGGUCGUUGAGCCAGUCCGCCCUGGCAUUGUUUUUGGCAUAUUGCAAGUGCUGAUAGAUGAAUGUGCGUUGCAUGGUAGGAGCUUGAGCCUACGAUGCUUGAUGUAGGCACCAGCGAAUUCAUAUCCUGCUCCACGUCGUUACGAAUGCAUGCCCACGCAAUGCUUCAUGCAUGCAGGUGAAGUGGAUUGCAGCCGCGAGGCCACAAAGAGGAAGUGGACAAUGGAACCCGUCCCAAGGACUACCCAAGGAAGUCUUGGGGUACAAACUUUGCAAACACCAGAUGUCAAGCAGGGUGUACGCUUGAGCGUCCCAGUAGCUGCGACUCGUGCAUGGAGACGAACGGGCAAGCAAACAAACAAAGAGGGGGAGAGAGGAGAGAGAGAGAGAGAGAGAGAGAUUGAUCGAAAGGCCUGCACAUUGCUUCCAGAACAGCCUAAAUCGAAAGCUCGCUUAGCUUUGUAGGUGACCUUGGAUGAGUUGCUGAGUCGACUUCUUCAGGAGUGGCUGAAACAUGCAGCUUGAAAUGGGACAUGUCAUCACAUGUCCGAUUGGCUGUUCAGGUUCAAUAUAAUGGGGAGAUGUGGACGAAGGCAUUGGAGGUUUUUCAUGGUUACCCUUUUGGUGCUUUCCUGGAUGAUGAGCUGGAAAAGGUGAACCGCAAGAUUCUACAGCGAAUGGAAGCAUUGGCAAUUACGGGCGCUUUACCUCAGGCUUCAUGGCAUGGAAUAUCAAUUACAAAAUAUAUAUUUAUAAAUAUAUAUA